GGCGGCUGCAGAAGUAGCAGCUGCACCAGGGAGCUUUGCCAAAGAUCUGCCAGGGCUAGGCAAGGAGCCGGGGCCGAAGAUAACAACAGAGCAGCGACUCUGCGGAGGAAAGACAGAAGGAGAAAGAAGGCGAGACGAACGUGCAAGAGGUCUGCAAAGGGGACUUCCAGAACGUGGCCCGCCUGCUCCCAAAUGCUGGCUAGAGAGCCCCCCUCCAUCCACAGCAUAAAUGCAACCUGAAUCAGCCGAGGCGUAUUGCACCAGAAUAAAAGAUUUAAGCUCGCAGGAAAGGGACUGAACGCACCUCUGCUCUCCUUCCCACUGGAAAGGGCUCGUGCAUGUGCCUAUGCGCGCGCGCACGCGACCGCCCUCUUGACUAUUUGUGUAUUUCCCCGCGUAACUCAGUUCAAAAGAAAAGCAUCACCUCUCGAAAGGCUCGGGAACUUUGGCUUGCCUUCUCGUGCGGGGAGCGAAGAGAAGGGGGAGGAGAGCAGCUCCCUAGGAAAUCCUCCUUGAGUGCUGAGGAGCCCUCCUGAAAAAAUAAGCGCACUCAUCAUAAUACAAGGAUACAUCUGGACUCUGUUUGCGUUUCCUGGCUUUCCUGGGGACGAAGAUGCUGUCCUGCGGCGUGCUGGAUGCAAAUGUAGUGGACGUAGAAAAAAGGCGAAAUCCCUCCAAGCACUAUGUGUAUAUCAUAAAAGUAACAUGGUCAGACUCAACUUGCCAGACUAUCUACCGCAGAUACAGCAAGUUCUUUGAUCUCCAGAUGCAACUCCUGGAUAAAUUCCCCAUUGAAGGAGGCCAGAAAGAUCCCAAGCAGAGAAUCAUCCCCUUUCUUCCAGGUAAAAUCCUAUUCAGGAGAAGUCAUAUUCGAGAUGUAGCUGUGAAAAGACUAAAACCUAUUGAUGAAUACUGCAGGGCACUGGUGAGGCUUCCCCCUCACAUUUCCCAGUGUGAUGAAGUCUUCAGAUUCUUUGAGACCAGACCAGAGGACCUAGACCCUCCUAAAGAGGAUUAUGGCUCCUCAAAAAGGAGAUCAGUUUGGAUGUCCAGUUUGUCUGAUUCUCCAAAGAAGGCUAUUGCAGGUGCUGACACUAACUCUGAACCCAUGAUCCUGGAGCAGUAUGUGGUGGUGUCUAAUUAUGAGAAACAGGAGAACUCUGAGAUUAGCCUGCAGGCUGGAGAGGUUGUGGAUGUAAUAGAGAAGAAUGAAAGUGGUUGGUGGUUUGUAAGUACAUCAGAAGAGCAAGGCUGGGUCCCUGCCACCUACCUGGAAUCCCAAAGUGGAAUUAGAGAUGAUUCUGAAAUUAAUAUGUCCAAGGGAGGGGAAGUUUCUAAGAGACGCAAGGCUCACCUGAGGCGCCUGGACCGGCGAUGGACACUGGGAGGGAUGGUCAACAGGCAGCAGAGUCGAGAAGAGAAAUAUGUCACAAUCCAGUCGUACACCAGCCAAGGGAAGGAUGAAAUCGGAUUUGAAAAGGGAGUCACUGUGGAGGUCAUUCAAAAGAACCUGGAAGGAUGGUGGUACAUAAGGUAUUUAGGCAAGGAGGGCUGGGCCCCAGCUUCGUAUCUAAAGAAAAUAAAAGAUGACCUUUCAUCUAGGAAAAAGAACUUAACAGGACCAGUGGAAAUUAUAGGAAACAUCAUGGAAAUCAGCAAUCUAUUGAACAAGAAAUCCUCGAGUGACAAGGAAACUCAGUCAGAAAGUGAAACUGCAGAAUCCCACAUUACUAAGAAGGAAAUAAGCUUGCCCAUCUUAUGCAAUGAUUCCAAUGGCAAUGCCAUGAUGGCUCAAGACAAGCAAGUCUCAAAACUGGCACAAGGAUCUCCUGCCAUAGCACGGAUUGCACCUCAAAGAGCUCAAAUAAGCUCUCCCAAUCUAAGAACAAGGCCUCCCCCAAGAAGAGAGUCCAGUUUGGGCUUCCAGCUACCUAAACCCCCUGAGCCACCAUCAGUGGAAGUUGAAUAUUACACUAUUGCAGAGUUCCAGUCUUGUAUCUCUGAUGGGAUAAGCUUUCAUGGAGGACAAAAGGCUGAGGUUAUUGACAAGAACUCUGGUGGCUGGUGGUAUGUGCAGAUUGGAGAGAAAGAAGGCUGGGCUCCAGCAUCGUACAUUGAUAAAAGGAAGAAGCCCAAUUUAAAUAGGAGAACCAGUACUUUAACUCGACCCAAAGUCCCUCCUCCAGCACCUCCCAAUAAGCCAAAAGACUCUGAAGAAGGAAUAUCUGCUGGAACCGUAACAUCUGGAGAUACCCAGGAUUCCACACCCAAGCAACAAUAUGAGGAACCAGAAUAUGAUGUGCCUGCCUUUAGUGUUGACUCAGAAUCUGACCUGAGCCAGGGAGAAGAUGGAAGCUUGGAGAGAGGCAUGUUCCAGUUACUUAAGCGUUCCCCUGUGUCAUCUCUACAAAGGACAAACAUGAGAGCUGGUGAAUCAUCUGAAGAUGUGGCUCAUGAAGAAGAGACAAUCUAUGAAAAUGAAGGAUUCAGACCAUACAUAGAAGAUGCUCUGUCAAGCAAAGAGUCCAGUGGUGAUUCUGAUUCUCAAAGAAGUUCAUCAGUGUCUUUGAUCCAGAAAAAUUCACCAUGUUCUGUUUCUCCCAAGUCAUCACUUCUCAAGCCUAAAAGUGACAAGGGCAUUCAACCAAACCUUGGGAAACCUAACUACUUCAGGAAUGAGGAGACAAAGCCAAGGUCAGCUUCAGAUGCUGGUUUAAGUAGUGUGUCUAAAUUGGGUCUAAAGAAGGAUCCUGGGGAGAAUGUAUCUAGCAGAGCAAAACCAAUGGUGAGACCUAAACCUUUCCUGAACAAAGCAGAGUCUCAGAGUCAAGAAAGGAUGGACAUUAGCACUUUACGCCAUCAGCUAAGACCCACUGGACAGCUCAGAGGUGGACUUAAGGGUUCAAGAAGUGAGGAAUCUGAAAACCCGCCACAUACAGCUUCUGGAAAUCCAGAUGAGUCCUUCAGAAGAAGCUCUGCAGAUCUCAUUACAGUUCCUCCUCAUACCAUAUUCUCCUCAAACCAGCCAGCCAAAACAGAACAUGAGAACAACUCCUCAAAAUGUCUCUAUAUAACUACUGACUCUUACCAGAAAGUUCAAGAUUCUGAGAUAAGCUUCACAGCAGGGAUUGUGGUGGAAGUAGUGGAAAAGCAAGCAAGUGGAUGGUGGUACUUGAAAUAUGGAGACUUAGAAGGAUGGGCUCCUUCUCACUAUUUGAUGCCCUGUGAUAACCAGCAGAAAGAAACCACAUCCAACGAGACUAACAAGAACAGAAGAAAUGAAAGCAAAUCUAACAGCUUGGAGAAGAUAGAAAAGAAGGUCCAGGCACUGAACACUAUCAACCAGAGCAAGAGAGCAACACCUCCUAUUCCCAGUAAACCUCCUGGUGGCUUCUCCAAAACAUCUGGACCUGUCAAAUUGCGAAAUGGAGUUAGACAGCUAGCAGUGAGGCCACAAUCUGUAUUUGCCUCCCCACCACCGAAGGACAGCAACCUGUCUUGUUCCCUGCGUAGAAAUGAAUCUCUCACUGCCACAGACCACCUGAGGGCAGUACGCCGCAAUUCUUCUUUCAGCACUGCCCAGUCACAGAUUUGUGAUUCUAAGAUAAAACAAGCUGAUCGGUUGGGCUCUGAGGCAUCUGAGACCACCUCAUAUCUACCUACUGAGCGAAAUGGAAUCCCAGUGUCCACAGUCAGGCCCAAACCCAUUGAAAAAUCCCAGUUCAUUCACAAUAAUUUAAAGGAUAUCUACAUCUCCAUUGCAGACUAUGAGGGAGAUGAAGAGACUGCUGGAUUUCCAGAAGGUGUCUGCAUGGAGGUAUUGGAAAAGAAUCCAAAUGGCUGGUGGUACUGUCAGAUCAUGGAUGGUGGGAAACCAUUUAAAGGAUGGGUGCCCUCAAAUUAUUUAGAGAAGAAGAAUUAGAGUUGCAGUGUCUUUAAACUCCCUAAUUUAUACUUUUCUACUGUGUACUUAACGGAGGCAAGGAAAGAUACAGUUAUGUAUUUCCUCUUGCUUUGUCAUGUAUACAAGGACAUUCAAACUCUGCUUUGCUUGGAACAGCAAGUUGGCCAUGUUUUGAGGGUGUGUGAUGAGUGAAGGGUUGGCUGCUUCAGCAAAUAUCAAGAAAAGGCAGCUGGAACAAAUGCCUUUUUGAGAGGUGAAGUCUUUCACAAACCAUGUGCAACAGGGUACAUUAUCCCAUCAUCCCGUUGUAAUAAUAGGAAACCAAAUGUGUGCCUUUCACAGUAUAUUUUGAACCUAGGUAUCCACUAGGGAACGUUAGGGAGUUGGUGCCAAACCUGGACAUGUUACAAAUUGCAGCUUGUUGAUUUUCUUCCACGAGGAGUCUGUAAGUAUUUCCAAGCUGUGGAUGUUUUCCCCAAGAUGUCUUUCAAGCGUGCAGCAGGGUAGGUGGUGAUACUUUUCCAACCCCAGUCCUCAACGAGGACAUUCUUCUUGGCAGAUAAUUAUUUGAAGACUCGAAGCCUUUUCAUUGUUCAUUAUUAGUAUCUGACUUGAACUAUAUUUUCCCAUUAGUACUUCAUUUCUCUCUCUUCCCUUCAAUAGCAUUUAUAGUGCUGUUCUCCUGUGGUAUUCUCCGACAGCAACUGUUAACUUUCUGUUGGGAAGGGUCAGAACUUUUUUAAAAAGGAAUUUGAAAUGUACCAAAAUCAUAUGUGUUUUCUAGGUGUUUGUAAACACACUAAAAUGAUACUUUGUGCACAACUUUUGUGCAUAUUGGCCUCUAAACUUUUGUGUUUAGGUUCUUCUGGGCACCCAAUAUUGAUGCUUCUUUUAGAAUGUGUCACAUAACCCAAUUUUAAUUGAGACCUAUUCAAAUCUCCCUAGUUGGGUCAUGCAGUGUAAAAGUUCUGUGCAUAGAUAGGGAAUGUUCAUUAUCCAUAACUCAGAUGGGGAAGCCUUGGUUGCAUGAAUCUCUUCACUAUAUCAUGACCUGAUUGGUUGGGCAGGCUUGCAUAAUCUCAGCCAAAGGGAAGGGAUUUCUUGACCACCCGUAUCUUUUUCUUUUUUAGUUCCUCCUUUUUUGUACACAGCUUCAAGAGAAUUCUUCCCUAUUGUUCCUCCCCUAUUGCUUAUAUGAGGUUCCUAAAGCUAUGUAUGCUUCCUGUCCUCUACCCACGAAUGCUGCUAGGCUCCCAGCUAUCACAGAUGCAAGGCAUGUCUUCUGCUUGGGAAGGUGAGCUGAAAUUCCUGUACUGAGGCAGCAAUGGCUUCUUCAAGAUUGUCUGAAGUUCUGUUGACCCUUUAGGGCUAUUGGAUUAGAAUCCAGUGAUCCACAUGUCCACUAUAUGAAAAUGAGGAACAAGUCUGGCAUCUAAAAUUUUAUUUUCACAAUACAGGAUUCAUCACAGAGAAAAAAGUUCAAGUGAUUGAACAAUCUCUCUGUCUCAGUGUUAUGUAGAAGUAAAUUCUGGAGUUUACUCAUACACAAUAUAUUUCCAAUCCAAAGCCCACAUUUGCCAGAGCUUCCCAUUCUUUUCAAUGAAUAGGAAACAUUUCUACAUGCACAGAGGGAUUGAAUCCACACUGUGCAUAGAAAAAAUUGUUUAAUCAUAAAAGAAAAUGAGUUUUAUACAUAACUUGUAGUUUUUGCAUCAUAGCCCAUCAACCCUUCCUAAAAGAUACUGAAAAUGCUAGAUUGAUUAUGCCUAUGCCUCAAAAGAAAGGGGAGCUCACACAAUGUAUGUCGCUUCAGGCUUUUUCAUUGAGCCAAAUAGUAUACGUGUUUACAAAGAAGGGGAGAGAGAGAAGCAGCUCUGGAUUGUUACACUCUGUACAACCUUCAUAUAUUUUGGGGAUAUCUAUGUUCUGAACCAUUUUUUCCUUUGAAAAGAAAAGCAUAAGAAAUUCUAUUCUGUUGCACUCACUGUGACGUUAGUUCUGUACUGGGAGGAAGGCACCUGAGUUUUUCACACUUACAUAGAAAUUUCAUGCAUGCUCCAUUAGGUGGAGAACAUUGCUAAUCCUGGAAGCAUAUGGUCACUGAUUUUUCCCUCUCUCCAUUGCUCACUUCAUUUUCUUUUCCAAUUUAUUUAUGAUUUCAAGAUAUGAUACUGUGUGGAGCGACACGGACAAGAUUAAAACCACUGGGGAAAAGGCUUGGGCAAAAUGUAUUUAUUUUGAUGUGGCUUCAAAGAUCUGCUCUUAAAUAAACCCUGUAUCUAUAAAAGAAACUUCAGAAGACCUUUGCUUAAGAAGUCAGACAAGAGCUUGAUGUCCUGUCUUGAGGGUCAGCAUUUUGUGUAUUGAGAGGGAAGAAAACCCAUUGAAUUUUGCUGUAACCAUGACACAAUAAGUAACUCUUGUCCAGAAAGCAUUGAUUCCUGUUAGCAGUUUGAAGAUAAAAGGACAGGAAAUUUUUAAUUAGUUAAAACUAAAGUUUUCUUCCAAAGACUUCAGUAUGCUUUGAAGAGGGGGUGUUUUGUUUGACUGCUCCCUCACUAUUAUGCUGUUCUUGCCUCUUACUAUGUUUAGUGUUACUUGAGAACUUGUAUUAAAAUUACCAUGGCAAGUGCCAAGGGAUUGAUUUCUGCAGCUCAUGUUGCUAAUGGCCUUUCACUUUGAUCACCUGAGACACCAUCAAAGUUUGACCCACCCAAGUUCUGUAGCUAUAUUUCAAUCAGCACAGACAAAGAGAUGGUUUGGGGCAAGGAGGGGAAUGGGAAAGGCCUGUGGAACUUCACUAAAAGUGAUGGGGAGGAGAUCUUCAUCUACACUGUGAAAAUGGUGUGGAUUUGGUCCGAAGCAGCUAAACCCAUCUUAAAGCUUUACUUCCCAAUGCCUAGCAGCUCUGUCUUUGAAGUUUCCCUCCAUUUUUAAGUCCUGAUAAAAUCUUAGCAGUCAUUUAAAAGACUGACAAGAGUUGCUGUGAGAUUAUAAAAGAAAUAUUAUGUUCUUCUGCUGGACAGUAUUAAAUAGAGCAAUACCUAGAGUAAUCUGCUAGAUUGCAGUACUAAUAGUAGUGAAGUAGCAAUUCUUAUUAAUGUUUUUAAUGGUUGGUUUUUAACAAUAAUGAUGAGGAAGUGGUUCAUUAUUUUGAAUUAAUGCACUUUAACAGUUAAACCAAAAUGCAGAAAAUCAAGUGCAUUAUUUAAAGAUGCAGUAUAUAAUUAUCAUUUUUAAAGUUCAGCUAUUUAUUAAAAUAAUUUAUGAUUAUUUAAAAAUGUACUAUACAGUUUUGUUCUAAAGAUGCCAUCAUCUCCUGGGAAAUCUAAAAGUGCAAAUCCCCAAAUUUUGCAGUGAGCUGUUGGAUUCUCAAAAUACUGUUAAUUCAGUUAGCAAGAAUUAAAUUGCUGCCUUGAGAAAAGGGCAUGUUUCUUAACAAAGAGCCAUGAGCUACCUAAGAAUUCUGCUCCCUUGAGACCCAGGUAAUAAGAUGGGAUAGAAGUGUUUUAAAUAAAUAAAUUCCUAAACAUACCCUUGAAGCAUCUUCUUUGAGAAAUCCAUGGCAAGUAAGUCAUGAGAUCUCCAAGGUUCUCUACCUUUGUUUCAUGUGCUACCGGCUACCAGCUUUUGUAUUCUUGUAGUGCCCAGUGCUUCACUGAUGAAUACAAACACUUCUUCAAUCAUGAGAUGAGUGGAGGCUCAUUACAUGCUAAAUUAAUAAUUCUGAAGAUGCUUCUUCAAGCGGUCUCUGAGAAUAUCAGCAUUUCUUGCUGCAUCUCAGACUUAUGGCUGGUCCAAAGUUGUAUUGAUGAUGAAUGUGGCUUUUCUUGGCUGUCUUGUCCAUUGUGAUAUUACUCCCCAGCAACCAAAGCUAUGCCAUUCCUAGCUAUGUCUACAUGGUAUGAAAUAAGCAUGGGAUACGUAAGUGCUGACUUCUUGCAAAUAUCUUGGGCUCAUAAAAAUGAGCCCAAUUGUCCAUCAAAAAUUGCUUAGGAUUUCUAAACAUAUUUAGUCAGAAGGGUCUUUCACACAUCAAGCCAACAACCCUAGCUUGGCCCAACAGGGCACUCUAGUCACCAAUCUCAUAAUGACUUCUUUAAAAUUAUGGUGGUUGAUGUCUAUGGGGGUAGCAAAGUUAAUGACUCCUGAAUUUGAACUAUUUUGCUCUGUAGUCUUGAUUUUUCCAUCUUGCCUAUAACAAAAAAAAGUCUCUUAAUGUUGGGAUGACCUGGAGUAGAUUUCAUGAUGUAUGAAAGUAAUAUUUGGACCCAGGAGUGAAGGAGUGAUGAUCGUGUAAAGGGCACUAGCAAGCACCUUUAAAAAAAAAUAGUCAAUUCACUGUGUCCCUGCACCCAUAAGGUACAAUUGCUCAUACAGGCAACUUCUUUAACAAAUCAUUACAGGGAUAAAUUGUACACACAUCUACAUUCUCAGCCAUUUUGAGUGACUGGUCUUCAAGAUUUCUCCAUAAGAAACUUUCCCCCAUAAAUUCCCACCCCAAAAACACUUAUAUUAUUCAGGGAAGGCAAGCCAACUCCGUUUUUAAAACUAAAUUUGUCAAAACAUGGUGAUUUAUAAACAUAAUAAAAUGCACCUUUGAACCAUUUUUUAUUAUCAACCACAGUACCUAAAUCCAUUAAAAAAAUUCUCUAGGGAGCUGCUGAAUAAAAUAUUUUGUGAAGUCAGAGUGCCCUCUUGUGGAUAGAGGGGUGGCUUCUAGUUUUCUUCCUGGUCGUUCAUGAUAGCUUUGGACAUCCGUGCAUUAAAAAAAAAAGUGUGAAAAUAGGAUUGAUUGAGAUAGCAAACAUAAAAACAGCUUAAAUUUUAGACUAAAACUUAAAAUUUGAAACUUUUGUUCUGCUGUAUACUGCAACUUUAAUGAUAAUGAGCACUUCUGAGUUCGUUAUUGCGGUUUUAUAUAAUGCCUGAAAAGAUGCUUUUCCCAUUUUUCUAAAUUCAUUGUUUAAAGCUUAUUUAAGUGUAUCUACCUAGAACAGUCACCUGUUGUAGUUUCUUUGUCAAAAAAAGGCUAGCUUUCCCAAGCAGCAAAUAAGGAGGUGGCAGUCUUGUUUCUGGAUUGUACCACUACAGAUUGCAGGUGCGGCUCACUCAGCGACAAAGCUGAAUGUGCCCCCCCCAACCCAUCCUGCAUAAAGCAUAUUUGCAUGAGAGGGGCAGAGGUGAGACUACGGUCCAAAUCCAACUUUGCAUCCUCCUCUGCUGCACUUGUGAUUACUAGGCAAAUUGAACCUGAAAUACCGUGGCUAGGAUCCAAAGAAUUGCUAGGGUGUGUACUUUCCAAGUGACAAACAACUUGUAAGACUUUCCUGAGUUUGUUUCUUGAAGCAACUGACUAUACAGCAUGGUGGAGAUGUUCCUGAUUUGCUUCUACUAAAUCUAAAGCACCUUUGAGCUCAUGGACCUAGCUGCAAAGAUUUUUGGAUCCUGGCCCAUCUUUCCAGUGACCGGUAUUUUUUCCAAAACCCACCUCUGUGUACAAAAAAAAGGCAUUAAUUUGAAACAAAUUAAGUUCCACUAGUUUCAAUGAAAUUUAUUCCCAGUAAAUGUACUUAGGAUGACAAAGUGCAAAACAGUUUGGGGUCGAACUUUUCAAAUGUGCCUUUUUGUAAGUAACAACAUUAAAUAGCUCAAAGACUGUGUAACUCAGAUUCUGGAACAGGUAAGCAAGUACAUUUGGAUUCCAAGUUUGUAUUGCAGUAAUAGAUCGGCAUUGACCCCAAUGUACAGUUCCAAAGCUUCCUUCAGGAACAUUUUGACGAAGGCAUUAUGGAAUUGCAUUUCUUUUUUUAAAAGUAUUUUCAGAUAUUAGUGUGAUAUAUUUUAUUGUAAAGUAUAUUCAUUGCUGUCCUCUGUUAGAAAUGUUUUACUGUUUUCUAUCAUUUUAUCUGAAAUGGAACAGAAUCUGGUAAAGCAUUAAUAAUUUUCAUAUUACUAGCAUUUACUAAAUAGGAAUGUUAUUUAAGUUUUAGAUCACCAUAGGUAGUUUGUUCAUUUAAAUUUUUGUCAUAUUUGUUUCAUCUUUUUCCCAAAUACUUUGCAUUUUCAAGAAAAAAAUCCAAUGAGAGGAUAUGUGCAAUAAUGGAAGAGAAGAAACAGGGCCCUCAUACAGGACUCAAAGUGGGAACGCACAGUGUGAUUAAGUCUCUCAUUUUCUUAUCAUGCACUCUUGGGAGAGGGAGUAGGGAUGGGUAGAAGGGAGCAAUCAAGCCACUAGGUGAAAGAUUUCUGGUACAAAUUAAUUAUAAGUACAAGUUAAAGAUGGCUGAGAGUUGUUGGAUGAGUGCAUCACGUUCAGGGAAGAAUGUUUGUGAUUGUUGUUGUUCAUCCCCCCCCUGCCCCGCCCCGUAUGUAGUAUUCCUCCCUCAGGAAACCUCAUUUCUUCAACUAAGCACACUCUAUGCAACAUGAGUGUCAAAGCUGCUGCCGCUGAAUGGGUGCAUUGAAUUGGAUCCUAUGGAUGUUCGGUUGGUACAACAGAGAGGAGUGGUGAUCCUGCCUGAUUCUCCUUCUCAGUGCAGCCCCCAGAACAUCCCUUCCCUCAGCAGCCCUUCUGUAGGAUCCAAGUCAUCGUGUCCUGGCAAAACAAUCACUCUUCAGCAUGUGAAUUUAUCACGUGAUCGAAGAAAAGUAUGUCGAAAUAGUUUUUUACCUCAGAAUGCUGUAGUAGUGCUCUUCAAAAAUUAGCCCAUUAAACAGGAAGGUGCCAUUUCAGCCUGACCUCAUUCAGUGGCAACCUUUUUGGUUGAAUGCCCACUGGAACUAUUUCAUUUUUAUUUCUCAAAAUGUUCCCAAUUUUUCUUUGUCCACUUAACUAACAAAGCAGUUAAGAGAACAAUGUUGCUUGCUGCUUUUUAAUAAAAAGAAUAAAUUUUAAUUGCAUUGGCACAUUUCAUGCAUUAAAACAUUCCUUUUCAUCUAGUUGUUAGGAGAAAAGAUGCCUGAAAGAAACCUUUAAAAUUUUCCUUACCCCACCCCCAAACCUUCUUAGCUUCAAAAACUGGCCUACUUGUAUUUCAAAAUUACUGUAAGCAUCCUACUGAAAGGUCAUAUUGAGGCCUGCAACUUUCACUGUACAUACUUUAAUCAAGUCUCUCUGGAAUACUGCUGAUUAGUUUAGACCCUUCUUUUGCCUUAACAAUAAACUCUUUAGUUUAAUUAUCUGGAAUUGAAAGAUGUUUGUAUAUAAACUACAUAGCAAUAUGCAAGAAAACGGAGCUUUGUUGAUAACCACUGAACCAUCUAGUUGGGCAUUUUAUUUCCUCAUCAGAUUGAAUAGCUGAACAAAAUAGUCAGCAUCCACUUAGCCAAUUUCCUGUCCUUUUAAUCUCCUUGUGAAUCCAAAGUAACAGCACCAUGGACUCCUUCAUUACAUCUUUGUCCUGUCGGUGAGUCCUGGAUGAAUCUGUUGAUGGGAACAUCACUUGGUGUCGUUGAGUCCAUAAAAGUCAAGUGAUCCUACAGGCUUCAUUUGGAAAAUCAAGUUAUCACCUUAGGAUUUCAUUCAAAUUAGAACUUAACACUACAUGCAAACUAGAUAUUUUACCAAGAGAACUAUAUUGCUGAUAAUACACCAGAUAUUUUAAAUAUCUAAAGGAUUUCUGCAGCUGAAUUCUCCAGAGUCUAUCAGGCACAAUCCUUGCUUCCUCCUAGAAAAUCUUAGUAUACAUGUUUGCAGUCAGUCAGGGAUAUUGUAAAUAAUUGAAGCAUUUAACAGGUACAAAUUGGGAGAACAAUUUGCUAUGUAAAUAAUAAUUCUUUGUUGUUAGGGAUGUGGGUUUUUUCCUCUUUGGCAGAUGUAUAGAGAACCCUGACAAACACAUAGGAAGAUUAUCCAAUUUUAAAAUAAUCUCAUAGGCUUGUGUGAAGGUCUGUACUGGUGUCUUCAAUUCACCUACCAUUUCUAUUCACUAUUUGAAUGGGGCUAGCCUGCAAGUCAUGUACUGUAUUAAGGCUUUCCCCAGCAUCUGUGAAGUUUUCUGCUGGGGUUCUCUGUGCAGGCCCUUCAACUGCUAUAGGCUACACUUCAUGACAACUUGCAGUCUUCUGUAAGAGCAGUUAUCCCUCAUUUUUGGAGGGGAGUGUGUGUGUGUGUGAGAGAGAAAGUGUGUGUGUGUGUUUGAGGUUGGGAAAAGAGGUUGAGUGAAUUUAUCCUUGCAACGGGGCAUGUUUUGCAGACAUUUUGAGCAAAACUUGCAUUUAAGAUACAAAUUCUGCAUUCAGGGUUUUUCGUCCUAAGUGUGAUGCUUUAUUGGACCCAGCAUAACCAAAGGCACAGUAAAUGGGUCUCCUUUUUCCAUUGAGGUUUACAGGGUGGGCUGGCCCCACACGACAUUUUCCUUUGUUAACGAGUGCAAUUCUUUCUUUAAAACCAAAAAGGACUGAAAGCUUCACACUGUCGUUUUUGCACUUUCCCCCUCUGUGCAACACAACAGCCACUCUUGUCCUGUGUUGAGACUCCUGUUCAUUACAAAAUUGAAAUAUUUUGGUAAUGGUCAAAAAGAAGUAACUGGAAUAUGACUGGGGAGGGAUUGGUUGGAUUUUCCAACAACUAAUUGAACUAGGAAUACUCUCAUAAUGACAUUUAUUACACAAUUUGUCACUGCGGCUACUCUUUAUGUAUUUGUAUGUUUAAAAUAUAUCAGUGGUCUGUGUUAAACAGCAUCCUCUGUUAAUGCCAAAAGCUCAGUUUCAUGUUUCAUCAUAAAAUAUGGAAUCUGCCUCCUGAAUCCAUAACCCAAAGAGGUAAGGCAGUGUGUUGUGUAUUUGAUGUUUAUCAUGCACAUUUUACCGUGAAAUUUUGUAAAGGUUCAUUAAAUGAUUGAAGCAACCUCUGAUUGCACUCAGGCUAGCCUCUAACCAAGUAGUUCGGCACCCCCUUUUCAAUUUGUUGUUAGUAAGCAAUGAGACACGGGACCACGUGGUGAUUUCCCACCUUGUAGCAUUUUAAAAUUUGGCUUUGCAGAAUUCUGUGGAUUUAAACCACACAUUUGAGGGGUGAUUGGUGUGCCAUUAUGUUCUAAUUACAUUGCAGCUUCUGUUAUACAAGUGGGGAGUAGUGUGAGGGUAAGUAUUUUGAAGGUGCAGAAAGGUUUAUGCAGGAAACCAAAAGAAGAGAAAAAAUGUAGUCAGUUUUAGCUGAAAGUAAGAGCAAGUUGUCCCUAAAAUGGGUCAAGAUUUUAACCCUGCGAAAAGCAGUUGAGAAGUAGUAGAUUGCCUUGUGACCUGUUACAAAUCUUCCAAAUAGUUAAUGUAGUAUUAUCCAUUUAAUAGUCCUUUUGAAUUAUAAAGGGAAUGUAACGGAGGUGUGAAAGAGUAUGUUGGCAAGGAGAUGGUGCAGCAUGUGUGGUUGGUCCUUGGGCUGUGUGAUAGAGAUGGAUGGCAGAGUGUGUUUGGUUUUGCUUGGCUUGUUUUUCCUAAAGAAGGUCUCUGCUUGUGGCUGGAUUGGUUACUGCUGCAAUUUAAGUUGAAGAUUGCAAGUUUUUAGGGUUUUGUUUUCAGAAAGUAUACAGGAGGGAAUCAAUAAUGGUGUGCAUUUUGAAUAGAGAAAGGGCCAAGUGAUACUUGCUGUAACUAGAAGAGGAAGACAAUAGGGUGGGAGGACAGGGGAAAGCAAACAUGGGCUGUUUCCACACACGUUGAAUAAUGCACUUUCAGUGCACUUUAGUUAUCCUUUAGAAGUGGAUUUUGUGUUUCACACACGAAAACCCAGUUCCAAAUGAUCAGUAAAGAGCAUUGAAAGUGCAUUAUCCAACGUGUGUGGAAGCAGCCAUGGUUAACUUCUUGGUUGGAACUGUCCACAAGACUUGUGAUUAUUUUUUAGAUGUCAGUUCCUGAGGUUACAGUUAACUGGACAGAUCUUGUAUCUCUUACCAAGGAUAGUGAUGUACAUAGAGGAAGAAUGUAGUAUUUAUAGGCAGAAUAUAACAUUGUUUGUAGCCACUCCAAGCACCUUGGCUACACUGACAUUAUCUGCCCAAAGUGGCUUUUUUUCUUUAAGGCAAUGUGCAUCUUAUAAAAGAACCACCAUGGUGAAAUUACCUUUCCACUCUCCCCACCAUAUCUGUAACGGUAUAUUUGUCAAUGUGGUGGUCUAAUUGUAUAUACAGUUACUGGAUUUCCUCUAUUCCAGAUUUCUUUUCAAACAUGAGGCCACCCUGUACAAAUAAUUAGUCUUUUUAUCACCAUAGGUUUUAUGCUUAGCCAAAAGGCUUUGCCCAGAGCUAAAUCUAAUAAUGAUUAUAAUUCAUAUAAGGGGCAGAGUCCUAACUUGUACAUGACAUUGGUACCUUCAAUCUGCAUUCAGGUGCUGGAGUCUUGUCUCCUUUUGGGAGUGUAUUUUGAGUUUUGCUGUCAAAUCCAGAAUAAUUUUGUGGUUACCCUAAUAAUGAUUUGUAGGCACAUUUUGACCUUUUAAGUAUUGAAAUUCUGGAGAGGAAUCUGAGUUGCUGAAAGUGGAUUUGAGAAAAUAAUGGCUUAGGAGACAUGCAGAGGUUCUUUUUUACUUUUAUUUUGUGGAUCACUUACCACAUAAUAUAAUUAUUUUUAUACAUUCAAGAAGACUGUGCAUAGGGAGGAACAUAAGCAUUUUAAGAAGUGAAAAUUGAUUCUAAGAAAUCUAUAUUAAAUAUUCCACAUAUGAAAGGUUUCCUCCCACUCUUUCGUUCUGGAUUAAUGUGGAAUAUUUAAUCAGAGCAGCCUGUGAAAAGAGGAUUAUGAAAAUAGAAUCAGGAAUAUCUUCCUCACUUUAUUAAUUUAGAUUCAAAGAGUGGUCUUUCAAGCUUUCCUUAAGAUUUAUAUUACAUAUUAAUUUCGCCUACACAUCAGUAUGAAUGUGUGGAUUUGAUAUGUGUUACUAAAAAACAGACCAUUAAUAUUCUACCACUCACACGUGUACCCCUGUGCUGAAAUUUGUACACCAGGUAUGUUUAUAAUAGAUACCUAAAUAUUUAGGUAACUGUUAUUACAAUCCUAAGAAGUUACACCCUUCUAAGCCUCCUAAUGGAUAUAGGUGUAACUCUGAUUAGGAUUGCACUGUGAUAAAAACUUGUAUAGGUGUUGAACAUUUACAAUUCUGCUUGCUGUCAACAUAAAUGGGUGGAAUAAUAAAAUACCUUAACAAUGUUUUUUCAACACCUGAUUUUAAGUAUCCUCAUCUGGACAUUGCAAUAUAUGAAUUCCUCAGAUUUCUAAACACAGAUUCAAAUAUUUUUGGUUCCGUAUGGAUAGUAUGAUAGUUGGCAUCUGCAAACUGCAUUAAUACUGAUUUAAAAACCCUAAGGCCUGAAAUUCCAUAUGGAGUUUUGUCCAAGCAUCUGGCAUUACUGAUGCUUGACAAAUCGACUGAUCUGUCUGUUUCAGCCAUCCUAAAAAAUUUUAGCCACAUAAUUGUAUUUUCUGGAGGGGUCUUUGCCUAACCGUUUAUAUUCAGGUUUUAUUAGCUGAAUAUCAUCUCAGAGAUCCUAUGGAAUCUGAACUCAUUAGAAGCUGGCACAGCAGAAUGUCAACUUAAAUUGGAUCUCAAAGAAGAAAAAGCACCUAGCUUUUGUGUGUUAAUAUUAUGGCAAAUUCUGGAUCAAAAAAGGAAACUUGGAGCACGAGACAUCACCCUACACCUAGGUUCUGCACUAUAAUUGUGUCUGGCUGAAUGUGUGCAAUUUGUUUAAAAUGUCUUAAGACUGGCCUUAACAGCAAAAAGAACAGCCAUGAUUACUUUGUGGUGGAGUAUGAAUGCUUUUCAGGACAUCAAGCAAGCAAUCUCCAAUUUUAUUUGUCUUCCAGGAUCCCUUGCAGUGACACUGAUGUUGGGAACAUUGCAAAGGAUUCUGGGAUAUGCUUGUUGGCUUAUGCAGUGUGUGCACAUAGAUAUACAUGCAAAACUCUGAAAAUUUGCAAGUGAAUAUCCUUGCAUGUGUUUAUAAAGCAAAAGUUCUUUGAAGAAAAAGUUCAGAUUUCAGCCUCUGUUUUAUUCCCAGUUUCUGCAAUGUGAAAUCACAACACCAUAAUAUUCAGUAUGUCUCAGGCAGAGAGAACUUGAUAAUUAAUUGUACCUCACAGUCAUCUCCCAGUUUACUCAUUGCAUGGACCAAAAUUGGUGCUAAUACAAACUUUAAUUCAUAUAUUUAUGUGUUUCAUUGAGUUUUAAGUGUUUUUUUUAAUUAAAGAUGUAUUGUUCUUUUUAACUAAAAAUCUUACCUUGGCAUCAGGCUUCUGGAAACCCAGAAAAGAUCUUCGGAAUUCUGAUGUAUGUUAAAGUUAACAUAUUUUUUAGUUCAGGUGGGGAGGAUAAAGGAUACUUAAUCUUCAAAAAUUUGCAAAAUAUAAGAUUUGAUUUGUGACAACUUUUUUAAAAAAUCCAUUUGUUUACAUGGUCUCUUAUAUGUCUUAUGGAAAAAUAAAAAAAUGAUCUUUUUAA